UGUAUGAAACUUUACAGUGCUUGACAAAAGGUAGCCCAUAAGACAUCGCCAUUAAUGGGGCGAUGUCAUUAUUUUCAAGAAAUAACAACAUGUCAUUGGUACAUCAUGUUGUUGGACAGGUAUUGGAUCACAGUGGAACUACAGAUGAGACAUUAGGCAUUAUGAAUCAUAUGGGCUUGACGGUUUCCACUUCAAGUAUCCAUAAACAGAAGAAGAACAUUCAGACAUAUCAUGAAAUACAUAUCAAGGAAAUGUUUAAAGUUCCUGAAUUAGGUAGGUCACAUAACAUUGAGGUGAUAGGUGAUAAUGUUGAUAUAACAAGAAAUCCUUCCCAGAUGAGCAAAGAACGUCGUAGGAAGAGUUGGCAUUGGUUUUUGUUAUUGGGAAUCGAAAAAAGAGUUUUAUUUCCAACUCUUCCUGACAGUAAACCGAAAGCUGACAUUUUGUCAGUACCAAAUGCAGACUUUAUUCCAAAUGAAUUAGAUUGUAAAAGUUUGGAGGAGAAUUUUAUAUUCCAUAUCAUGCACAUUUUAGCAAGGUAUGUGCCAUUUUUCCAGAACUUUAAAUUAUGCUUACCUUCUUCAAUACCUCAUGCACAUGAAAAAGAAACAUCACAGAAGUCAGAGUAUGCAAUCCUGGACAUGCUGGACAAAAGCGAAAAUAAAUCUGAUGAAAUGAUUGCUAUACUGGAACAUGUUCACAACAACUAUAUACCUCAAACUGGGACCCCUCCAUCUGUUGUAAAAAAAUUAGUUUUUGGUGGUGAUUGUCUUACCAAUGAACGUGCUUACUCAUCACAAACAGCCAUGUUGGCCCAUUCAACUGAUAGUGACAGAUUAGCUGGAGUUAUUCACAGACCUGAGGGUUUACAUCGAAUGAUGAAUCUCUGUUUGGUAUUCCUAGAAUUAUCGUUAAAGUUUGAUCUUUGGUUCAGUUUAUAGUUCGUUAUUUAUUCUGGACAAAGUUAGUCCAUCAUGUUAGCAAAGACGUUCAGAGUGAGUCAUGCUUUAUUAUUUCGUACAGCAAUUUG